ACAUCACGCGAGAAACGGCGAGAUGUCAAUGUUGGGGAAAAUGGCCGACGUUCAGUGUAAGCAAAUCCAGGAUUUUCUCUCGAAUUUGUAGAAAUUUUUUACGCAGCAGAAAAAAGCAGCCACUGUUCCGAGGGUGCCCACACAUCUAACGACACCAUGGGGACGGAAGAGCGAGAGGAGGCCGUGAAGAAGGCGCUGGAAUCGUGCAAGACUCUGCAGUCCAUGAUUGACAUCAGCGCGUCCAAUCUGAACGGGCUGAGAACGAUGUGCGAGACAUCGCACGACCUCACACAAACAGAAAUACGAACUUUAGAGGGUAAGUUAGUGAAGCUGUUUAGCAAACAGCUGCAGGCGAAGAACAAGGUACCAGAGGAGCAGAGAACGGCAGAGUUACAGAGAUACCCGUCUGUUAAACAGUGGCUGGAAGUGGUGGACAUACAACCUGUGGCAAUAAGGGGAAUUGAAAAUAAGAACAUCUCGUUGGAGGAUCUGCUGAAGAUGACUAAGGUGGAGAUUGUGUCCCUGAUGAGUUACUAUGGAGCAGAGGAAGGGGAGACCAUCAGGCUUCUUUCAGCUGUCAAUCAUCUCAGAACCUUCACAGAAUUACAGUGCAAAGGUGACUCCACAACAGAUCUGUACUGGGAGUCUUGGGCAGGUGGCUUUAGCGGUAGUCCCAACACUCCGCCCAAACGGACGUCCACCUCCUCCAUGCCUGCCGACUUUGGUGACCGCGACCCGCCGCAGACGCCAACUCUACGCACCCCGGACCGCCGCGCUUCGGACACCCGCGACCGUACCCUGUACCCCAGUACCGGGGACUCAGAGACUUAUAUAUCAGAGGACGACGAAGAAUUUCCAUCGUUCCUGACGAACGCGGGAAUGACUCCGCCGUCCACGCCGACGAUUCUAACCCGUCGCCCGACCCCUCCCGCGACCCCGCCGCUCAGGGUGAUCCAGAAGGGGAAGAUGAAGACCCCCGGCACCCCCCCGCCCUCCAAGAGUAACCUCCAGCUGCCAGAGUACCAGCUCAACCCCCUGACCAGAAGUAGAUCACACGAGGCACAGCUUACCCACAGGACCACAAACAAAAUAGAAGAUUAUAAUGUACUCGUAGGAGGAACCCUACCCAAGAGAGGGAAAUCCAAACCAAGCAACCUGAAGAUCCAAGACAGCAUGGGAGGCAGCUGGGAGACCGGCCUGCAGAAUUCUAAAGGUGUGUCUGAGUCGGAGAACCGCCUGAACACCAGACACUCCUCCCCCCUCACCUCUCCUGUCAGGAGCUCCUCUCCUGGGCCUUACUGGAACAACCCUACUGCUGAGGACUACACCAGUAGAUCAGCAACGCUUCCAGUCAUGCCACCUCGAUCACCAGGUGCCAGAGUAGGCAGGAGCAUGGGGCAUUCCAUCAACCACAGAUGGGUGAAGAACCAGUUCUGGAUGACUCAGACCUGUUUCUACUGCAAUAAAGCCAUCAUGUUCAAAGGUGUCAAGUGUAAGGACUGCAAGGUUAAGUGUCAUCAGAAGUGUGCACAGAGAGCGCCACCCUCUUGCGGUCUUCCCCCAGAUCUAGAGAAAGUCUUCCGAGAUACCUUACAAGCAGGGACAACAAACUCUCCUAAGUUAGAAAGAAAGCCCAUACCAACAGGGCACAGUCCUGAUCUAAAUACAGACAUCCACCCUAACAAAGUCCACAGGACGUCCUCGGAGCCGUCCUGUGCUGAGCUGAGAGUGAACCAGAACCAGACAGCAGACCAUGUGGGGUCUGUCGGAGCCUGGACACACAAUUCUGCUGACUACAAGUACAGGACAUGGAGUCAUAAGGAGAAAGUUAGGGAUCAGAUGCAGGUUCCUCCUUUCCCCCAUGGAGACUCCAGCUCCAACCCUUCCUCCACAACCUCCUCCACACCCUCCAGUCCCUUCCAGCCUUCCUCCAGCGACUCCCAGCCGUCUCCCAUGACCAGGCAGGCCUUCAGGUUCCCAGAUGUAACAUCAAGCUUGUCAGGUUCAGAGGUGGACAGUCAAGGAAGAGGAGACAUCAUUUUAGACUGUAAACACCUGACUGACACAGUAGACACAGUGAAGAGUGAAGACACCGUGAAGAGUGAAGAGUCUCAGGGUAGUGACAAGACAGAAGUAGCCGAUAGCGAUACAUUGAAGACCCUACAACAAGUGGAUUCUAUAGACAGUGAUGUGGACCCAAUGGAAAGAAGUUGGCCCACACGACAGAACAGCGACCCCCAAGAACCCCCGGGACGAAACGACUGGAGAUGGCACCAGAGGUCCAGUGUGCUGUCAGAGUGGGAUAUUCCAUAUGAAGAACUGGAGAUCCAGGAUCUCAUAGGAGCUGGGAGGUUUGGCAGGGUGUUCAAGGGAAAAUGGCACGGGGAUGUUGCAAUCAAAGUCUUCAACAUCGAAACAGAUAACGACCUGCAACUUGCUAGUUUCAAAACUGAGGUUUCAAUGUUUAGGAAAACGCGACAUGAAAACUUAGUUCUGUUCAUGGGUGCCUGUAUGAAGCUACCACAUCUAGCUAUUGUAACUAGUUUAUGUAAAGGAAAGACGUUGUACGACACAGUACGGGACAGAAGAGAGACCCUGAAUAUGAGUAGGAUAGUCAACAUAGCAACGCAAAUAGCUCAGGGCAUGGGCUACCUCCAUGCUAGAGAGAUCUUACACAAGGAUCUGAAGUCCAAGAACAUCUUCUUGGAGAACGGCAAGGUUGUCAUCACUGACUUUGGCCUCUUCAGUGUUACCAAGCUCAUCCAAUAUGGAGAAAGGAAAGACGACACACUGGCCAUACCGCCGGGAUGGUUGCCGUACUUGGCGCCAGAAGUGAUCACGUCCCUCCGAGCCACUAGUCAGUACACGGACAGUGACCUGCCAUUCUCACAGGCUUCAGAUGUCUACGCCUUUGGAACGGUGUGGUACGAACUCCUGGUGGGAGACCUGCCUUUCAAGACUCAGCCGGCAGAGUCCAUUAUCUGGCAGGUGGGGAAGGGUCUACGACAGUCGCCCAGCAAUGUGCAGAGUAGGGAUGCCAAGGAUAUCCUGAUGCAGUGUUGGAAGACCCAGCCUGACAAGAGGCCCCAGUUCAGCGACCUGACGCAGACGCUGGACAGGUUGCCACGGAAACGGCUGACCCGCAGCCCGUCCACACCUCUGCACCUCUCACGUUCAGCAGAGUCCAUCAUAUAAACUUCACACACACAUACACACACCAGGCAUGUCGGCAGAACGUACUGCACCUAUGCGAAACCCAUAAUGUAUUGUGCACAGCACUUCAGCAGAACGUCUAAUGUAAGGCCGAAUUUGCGUAUAUAAGGUUAACAUCUGGUCUGUAGUUGCCAAAUGUUGUAUCGGAAAAAUAUCCUUUGCAACAGGCAAAAUUGAAUGUAACGGUGACCAAAAAUCCAAUGAAAACUGUGAAAAAUCAGGGUUUCGUGCAGGUGCAGUACGUUCUGCCGAUGUGCUCAUACACUGAGUGGGCAGAGUGCUGGGCGUCUUCACUAGUUCUUCAUGACAAACCCAGGGCUCCCUCCAGAUGUGAACCCUCUUCCGUUCUUUCAGUUUGAGAGUAAAUCUCUUGUCUUGAGCACCAAAAGUGCAAUGGAUCUAUAGUGUCUGUGGGUAUGCUCUCCUAGAAAAUAUGGAAAUUUUACCCCUCUGAAACAUAAUUUUCUGCAUUGGAAAAAGGGGCAAUUUCACAUGGCUUCAUCCUGUGACACUGUUCACUACUGGAUGACAAUGUCGUGAAGGUUUUGUGUUAGCUACGGUCAGUGGUAAUGGGAUGGUUACAAUUUUUGUUCUGAGCAGCAAAAUUCUGUCCAGGAACGGGAGAGUGGGCACUGGAGAGAGCCCUGGUCCAACUCACCUAUUCUGCUGAAUCAUGGUAUGUUCUUGCUUCAUAAUUCCCACUCCUGAGAUUCCAACCUGGAACUGAGAUCUUCAUUAAAUCCAUCUUACAAAUCACAACAGAUAACUUAAAUGCUUUGUCACAACAAUACACAAACCAAGAAAAAGAUAUUUUCCCGUUAAUAGCAUAUUAAUAUUAUAACAUAACUGAUACAUUUGUGUUCUUGUUUUACAACAGUUGCCAUAUCAAAAUAGUUUGGGUAGAAAAACACAUAGUGGAUGGAAAAAACAUCCAGUGGCCUAUAUGUAUAUACUGGCAUAACAUAUCUACACUGCUCUUAAAUGUAUAGGUCAACUUUCAGCAAGAAGAAUACUUUCUAAAACUUUCUUGACAAGAAGACGCUUUUGAAUGAAGUUAAACUUAGAUUUAGAUGUUGUGGACAGAAUCGUUCAGCUUUUUUUUAGUGCAAUAAUGGCAGAAGCCUUUCCAUCUAUUGUCCGGAAAGAUAUUGAGAGAAUCAUUUAAAGACCUGUAUCAUACACGUGCACAUACAUGUAUUUAUGUACUGACACAUGGCAUACAAACGACAGCCUAUCUGGGUAAAAAGGAGACACUCUUCUACUGAUCCAGUGUUGCUGGCUGCAUGUACAUGUAACUCCCAGCACCAACACAUAAUCACACAUAGACCACCAGCAUUCUGUCACACCAAGUACUCACCACUUACUACUGCCUUAGUUCCAGCUACAAUAUUGUGCUGUCUAGUUGUAAGAACCACUACCAAGACUGGGCAAGGAAGACAGUGUACAGACAUGUAACACUCAUCUAAGUACUUAAAGACAUCACCCCUCGUCUUCAAAUUCUUGGAAAGACAAAGGUUUUCUCUGUUCCAACCCAUAAAAGUUUCUACAAAAAUGUAGCAUUAUUCAAAUUAUUAAAAACCUUCAUUUUUGUGAGCUGGCCCCCGAAAAACUUUCAAAGUUUUUGUUUUUCUUUUUAAAGAGAAUACAUAUUUACACCUUACACUAUUGCAACAUCUUGCUAAGAAAGAAAAAUUGAUUUUAAUAUUUCUUACAAAAAAUACUCAUUGCAUUGUCAUUAACAAUCAGCUCCAAGUGGUGUAACAUCUUUCUUGAAUAUUCUGCCCAAAAUAUUUUGUUUGAAAAAAACAUAACCUAAUGUCUGACUUGUCUAGUCUUGUAUUUACUCAAGUCAAAGAAAGGGCUAUUUGACAUGAUCUUGUAGAAUGUUAGCAAACUUAAAAAAGCUUCCAAGAUAUCCUAGAUUUCUACCAUGCUGGAUGAUGAGUAGCUAGCUAGGAAGAAAACAAAACAAAAAAAAAGAAAACUAGUAGCUAAUAAUCAUUGUAAAUAAUUGAAUAGUCAUCAUUGUAAUUAUGUCCAGAAAGUUUAUCAUGAUGUUGAUAACAGUGAAAGAAAUAUUGAACGGACAGAUGUCAAAAAUAAGGUACAGAAUUGUGCAGAAAAAAAAAGAAGUGCAGGAAUAUGCUUGUAAACUAGAUAAAAUUGUACUGCAACUAGAAAAAAAUCAGUGUUACAAAUGCACUCAGAAAUGGCAAGUAUCUAAUAGGUGUUCCUGUUUUUUAUACAAAAAAUGAUAAAUGGGUAUAGGGAAUGUAGCUAAAAACUGUUCAUUGCGAAUUUGAAUGCAGAAAAAAAUUAGCUGGCAGAACUUGAUGUAUUGAAGUUGUUGCAUACUUUCAUGACUUGUAUGGUAAAUGUGGUUGUUAAUUGUGCUCCCUAGGAAAAGUGAGUGAAAAAAGGCAGAUUUUUAAUUGUAAAUAUUAUGUACUAAUCAAGCAGGGUUUUAUUACGAUUUUAAUUGGAAUUUGUGGCUGCUGAAUGCCAUGUAUGGGCCAUAGUUACGUUUUUUAUAUUCUCACUAAGACUUUCCAUUUAUCAAUUACAUAUAAGUGGAUGGUUUGGUUUACAUGAGUCAUAAAACCACAGCUUUCACAAGAUAUUCCUUUUAUGGAAUGUUACGUUCACUUUUUAAUGUAAUUUAUGUCACAAAUGCAACAAUAUAAGAUGAAUUUUGUGAUUUUAUACCUUUGAAAUUCGGACAAAACCCUCACAAUUUGUAAAGAAAUGCUGACAUCAAUACGUUAAUUUAAGACCCUGUUUAAAUCUUACAAGCCUGUGCCACUUUGGUGUAUAAUUAAUUGAACUUAGGCAUUUUUAUAAUAAUUUACUUUUUUCCUGCACCUGGCUAAGUUAUUGUUUUAUGUAAAUAUUGCCUACAGUUUUUUUCAUGCAUACUGGGUAGAGUUAUGCCACUGGGAUGUAAAUUGACACUAUAUUUUUGUCUUCUGGAGAGGCCAUUGUAGAACGUGCUAGAUAGAAUUUGCAUUUUGCUGUUGCUCGGAAGCAGCAAUUAAA